AUGACUGUCAAGACCACGGUGCUCAUCUCGGCGGACGACGAGUGGUCGCCGUUGAAGUCCGUCAUCGUCGGCCGGGCCGAGCACUCGGCGUUCCCCGCGGAGCCGCCGCAUCUCGUGACGGCCGUCAUGCCGCCGGGACACUGGGAGGAGUUCAAGCCCAACAACGCCUUCCCCAAGAACAUUGUUGAGAACGCGCAAAAGGAGCUCGACAACUUCGCUUCCGUCCUGGAGCAGCACGGCGUGCACGUAUACCGCCCGACCGAGGUCGACUGGGUCGCCGCCGGCGGCUACACGGGCUCCAUGUCGCGCGACGCGCUCAUGACCGUCGGCUCCACGCUCAUCGAGUCGGCCUUUGCCUUUGGCUGCCGCCGCCACGAGGUCGACCUCGGGUACUCCGAGAUCCUCGCGCAGCUGUCCGCCGGCACCAGCCCCGCGACCAUCGUGCGCGCGCCGCGGCUCAUCGGGCGCGACACCAUCUACGACGGCGUGGCCGAGUCCAUCAGCGCCGACGCCGCCCGCGGCUCCGUCAUCUCCAUCAACAACUCGCGCGUCGCCUUCGACACGGCCGACUUCAUGCGCUUCGGCAAGACCAUCAUCGGACAGCUCAGCCACGUCACCAACGAGCGCGGCGUGGCCUACGUGCGGUCGGUGCUGCCGGACGGGUACACGCUGGAGAUGCUCGACACGGGCAUGCGGCCGGGCAACAUGCACAUCGACACCACCAUCCUUCCCCUGCGCAAGGGCCUGAUGAUCUACUCGCCCAAGUACGUGAACGAGGAGAGCAUCCGCCGGCACGCCAUCUUCAAGGACUGGGAGCUGCACGCGUACCCGUUCGAGCCCGAGUACGUCCCGGGCGGCCCGCCGCCGUACACGUGCUCGCCGUGGCUGGUGCUCAACGGGCUGAGCCUGGACGAGAAGCGCAUCUUUGUCGAGGAGAAGAAUGUCGAGUUCGCGGAGUGGGUGCGCGACAAGUUUGGGAUGGAGCCCAUCAUGCUGCCGUUCCAGCACGUCAACUGUCUUGGAGGAUCCUUCCACUGCGCUACGGUCGACCUGGUCAGGGAAUCUUGA